CAUGCAUAGCUGAGUACUUCCGUUUUCCCCAUCAUGCCAUUUCAGAAAGAUGGUAGCUUACAGCUUUCAUAAUAACGUCGGUUUUGGUGCUGUGAACUAGCUGAUUUUUCUCACUUGUUAGUUUACUAGUACGGUGAUAACUGGUGUUAAAUUGAAUUCCGAACAAUGCCGAAAUAUUACGACGACAAAGAGGAGGAUAACAGAGCAUGCGCAGGUAUCAGAGAAGACUUUAAGGCAUGUCUCCUUCAGCACGACUGUGUUGUUAAGGAGGGAAAGAAACCCAGUGAGUGUCUAAAGGAAGGCCACUGCAAAGCCCUGCAGACAUCCUUCUUUGAGUGCAAGAGGUCAAUGCUGGAUGCAAGGUCAAGAUUCAGAGGAAGGAAAGGAGAAUGAGGAACCAGGCGAAAUCUGAUGCAUCUUUUUAGGGUUCAAGCAGCUCCGAGUACGUGCAUUGAUGUCCAGGGAAUGUUCCAGCGUUACAAAUACCUGCUGUGGACAUGUGUUGAGAAAGUUGGUGACGCACUGAAAACAGGAUUACCGACUAAUCAAGCGAAGUGCAGGACUGGGGACAAAACCUGUGCAACUCUUCUGAUCGAUGGGAGUUUUUAUUUCUUGGGAGAAAAAUGUUGGAUGAGUGUGUGUUUAAGGAAAUGCAAACACUUGUAAUAAAUUAAUGAUUACAAUGGA